UCCAUCGUAAACAGCCCUCGCUUCCUCCCGACUCUCUCAGACUACGCCUCCCGCACCUUCUCGCAGCCACCGCCGGCGACGCAGCACGCCGCGACUCCGCCGGCGACGCAGCAAGCCACCACUCCACUACUCCACCGGCGACGCAGCCCUUCGACGUUCAGAACUUCAGGGGACCUACUAGUAGCCUGCUAAGGUUAAUCAAAUGGACAGGCCUCAGAAAAACAAUACUCCGAAAACCCCCUUGGUCACAUCAGAUUCAGAUUCAGAUUCAGAUUCCGAAACAGCCAAAUUUAAUGAUGAGCCACAGCAAAUUGAGCCUCUUUUAGGAAUGGCUUUCUUUGAUUCCGUUCUCUCAAAAGAGAAACCUUUGUCUCGAAUGGUGUUUCCAGCAAAAAUGAAUGCAGUGCUCCCUGAUGGAACAGUCCCAGCGGUGAUCACAUAUGGCAAAAGAACAUGGAGCACUACUCUGCAUGGAGACAAGAAAAGAAAAGUGUUGAACUACACAACUUGGAAACAAUUUUUGAAUGGGAGUAAGAUCAGGAUUGGAGAUGGGUUGAUACUUGAGGUGAUGCAGAUCAGCCAAGAGUUGGUCAAGUUUAAAGCUCAAAUACUUAGAGGCGACUUUCCUGCUGAACUCUUGCCAAAGAUCACUGGGGGCACGCCAGAAACUCCAAUCAUCAUACAUGAUUAGUAAUUUUAGGUGUCGUGUCUUAUGAGAAGAAACCUAACACGUUAAAUUAGUCACUACUCUGACUGACUAUCCCAGUCUUUUGUUGUCUAUACUAAUCUUUUGGCCAAUAUGUUCUUCUUCAUUCUUGUGCUCAUAUUGUGAUUUUUUGUCAUUCUGAUCUUGGGUUGGGGUGAAGUUGCGGUUAUCAAGUCUCAACGUUUUAUUAUGUAGAUUGGAAAUGGAAGUGUGUUUUUCUUUCAGAAAAAUGAAAAGCAUAAGUUUACUGAUGAA